CAACUCCCAGAAACCUCGGACUACGUAGAAAGCUAUGCCCGCAACAACUGAAGGUGUGCCACCACCGGCCCAGAACCCUCGACGUGAAACAGCGACAGCUGACCUCGAGGGCGGCGGCGCAUGGCUGGCGCUGGGCAGUGGUGGUGAUCUGAAGGGCUUCCGACACUCUGUGUCUGAGGUGAGCGGAGCGUGGGAGAGAGUUUGGGAAUGUGGACCGUGCGCCAAUGUGGUGGAGCUUCCUCUGCUUCCUUCAGACAUUGCGUUGAUUACGGCUGUCUGUCCAAAAGGAUAA